UGGGUGUCAAACGCCGCACGGGCUCGGGUCUCUCCCGCCUCUCCAGCGCUACCGGCGGCUGCAACCGCGCAUUGGCGCGGGCUGGGAAGAACUGAGUAUACAUACAGUGCUUGUUGCUGGGUACUCACUGUGAAUGAAAUCGAUGGGGCUUAUCAGGCUCGAGGACCAGAGCCCCAUACCGGAGAUGUGGACUUUACUCUAGUUCUGUCAUGGCUUCCAACUUCUCAGGUCUGGGGCUCCAGAGGAGGAAAUGACUGUUCAGGGCUCUUGCUCUUACUCCAGCUGGAUAACGGAAAACUGGACCUUCAUAGGGUACAGACUUACCAAGGAUAGGAAAGUUUCUCUCUUUGAAGGACUUUAAAUUUACAACAAAGAACAUAAAAAUGACCACUUCAUCUAUCAGGCGGCAGAUGAAAAACAUUGUGAACAAUUACUCAGAGGCAGAAAUCAAAGUCCGAGAAGCCACUUCCAAUGACCCAUGGGGCCCAUCCAGCUCUCUGAUGACCGAGAUCGCUGACUUGACUUACAAUGUAGUGGCCUUCUCAGAGAUCAUGAGCAUGGUAUGGAAGCGGCUUAAUGACCAUGGCAAGAACUGGCGGCAUGUGUACAAGGCCCUGACACUGCUGGACUACCUCAUUAAGACGGGUUCUGAGCGGGUAGCCCAGCAGUGCCGGGAGAACAUCUUUGCCAUCCAGACCCUGAAGGACUUCCAGUACAUUGACCGUGAUGGCAAAGACCAGGGCAUCAACGUGCGGGAGAAGUCAAAGCAGCUGGUGGCACUCCUCAAGGACGAGGAGCGACUGAAGGCUGAGAGGGCCCAGGCUCUCAAAACCAAAGAGCGCAUGGCCCAGGUGGCCACUGGCAUGGGCAGCAACCAGAUCUCCUUUAACCGAGGCUCCAGCCAACCCAACCUCUCCACCAGCUACUCGGAGCAGGAAUAUGGCAAGGCUGGAGGAUCACCGGCUUCCUACCAUGGCUCCACCUCCCCACGGGUGUCCUCUGAGCUGGAGCAGGCCCGGCCACAGACGAGUGGAGAAGAGGAGCUGCAGCUGCAGCUGGCGCUUGCCAUGAGCAGAGAAGUGGCUGAGCAGCCUCCAGCUCGCAUUGUCCCUCCACAGGAAGAGCGCCUCAGGCGGGGUGAUGACCUCAGAUUGCAGAUGGCCCUGGAAGAAAGCCGGAGAGACACAGUUAAAGUUCCCAAAAAGAAAGAGCUUGGCUCCCACCCACAGCAGACCACCCUGCUGGAUUUAAUGGAUGCCCUUCCUAGCUCGGGCCCUUCUGCCCAGAAAGCCGAGCCCUGGGGCCCAGGGGCAUCUGCUAAACAGACCAACCCUUGGGGUGGGUCAGCAGCUCCCACAAGCACUUCGGACCCUUGGCCAUCAUUUGGUCCCAAGCCAGCUGCCUCUGUGGACCCCUGGGGAGUACCCACCACAGCCAGUACACAGUCUCUCCCCAAGAGCUCAGAUCCCUGGGCAGCGUCGCAGCCGCCUGCCCCCAGUGCUGGGAAGACAGCAGACGCCUGGGGCGCAGCCGCCGCUGCCAAGCCCAGCUCCGCCUCGGGGUCCUUCGAGCUCUUCAGUAAUUUCAAUGGUACAGUUAAAGAUGACUUUUCUGAAUUUGACAACCUGCGGACUUCAAAUAAACCAGCCGAGUCUGGGGCGUCUAUGCCAUCCCAGAACAAUGGAACCACAAGCCCUGACCCCUUUGAGUCUCAGCCUCUGACUGUUGCCUCAAGCAAGCCCAGCAGUGCCCGGAAAACUCCUGAGUCCUUCCUAGGCCCCAAUGCAGCCCUGGUGAACCUGGACUCACUGGUGACAAGGCCCACCCCGCCGGCACAGUCCCUCAACCCCUUCCUGGCACCAGGUGCUGCGGCCCCGGCUCCCGUCAACCCCUUCCAGGUGAACCAGCCCCAGCCACUGACGCUUAACCAGCUGCGGGGGAGCCCUGUCCUGGGGAGCAGCACAUCCUUUGGUUCUGGUCCAGGGGUGGAGCCCAUGGCUGUGGCCUCCAUGACCUCAGUGGCCCCACACUCAGCUCUGGGGGCUGGGGGCUCCUCUUUGACACCACUGGGCCCCACAACAAUGAACAUGGUGAGCAGCGUGGGCAUCCCCCCCUCGGCAGCUCAGGCUUCCAGCACAACCAACCCUUUCCUUCUCUAGUGCUGGGACCCAGGACCUGCCCAGAGCAAGUGCUUGGAGCACCCCUGGGAGCACCGUUCCGGAGGACUCUGGGCAGGGGACUCUAAUUUGUUGGGGGUGAUG